AUGUACAUGUGCCCCACACCAGUAUCAAUAACCCGCACCGGGAACUUGACAAUAUCAGGCUCCCCCUCCCGCCUCUCACAUCGGAUUCCUCGUUGUCCACUUGACAUCUCACGUGCACUUCAUCACCAGCUGCGAUGGAAAUACCUGUCCAAGAGGAGCCCCACGCAACCCGUUUGCGCGCAUUCUUCUGCAGCGCUGUUUUCUUUAUCGGUUUCGUCUACCUAUCCGCCGAACUCAUGGAUGCCCUCAGAACACAACCCCUUUCCGACGGCUUCGCAGCUGUCGGCGUCUCACCAUGGGGUCUCACCGCCCUGGUCGACUACAUCGUCGGGGCCGUCUUCGCCGCCACAUUCAUCUGGCUGCGGGAAACCCCCCCUUUUCUUUGUCUGA